GUUACCAUUCUGCAAAUCCAAGAUUAUUUCACGCUCGCUGCUUUCACUUGUCCCCUUCGCUGCUUCCAUUUCCUCUCAUUCCUUUCCUCCAUUGCUGCUUAGCUCAGAUCUCUCCAACUAACUCUUCACUCAUCCACGCCUUCUUCUACUCUGCUCGCUCGCCAAACUUCCAAUUCAAUCGCGUAAUCGCUUUAACUCGGCUACUACUGUGCUUUUUCAGAAAUUGAUUGUUUCUUAAGCUGAUUGAGUCAUGACUAUGGAGCUUUUUGAAAUUCGACCGGGCGAACUUAAAUUCACUUUUGAGUUGAAGACUCAAAGUUCAUGCUUGAUACAGCUUAUCAAUAAGUCUGAUCAGCAUAUUGCUUUCAAGGUAAAAACUACGUCUCCCAAGAAGUACUGUGUUCGACCCAAUACUGGCGUCAUUAAGCCUAAGGAUACGUGUGACUUCACAGUCACCAUGCUAGCUCAGCGUACGGCUCCACCUGAUAUGCAAUGCAAAGACAAAUUCCUGGUCCAAGGGACAGUCAUUCCUGCUGGAACAUCUGAAGAGGACAUCACUCCUGACUUGUUUGCAAAGGGUAGUGGCAAGCACAUUGAAGAGAAGAAGCUGAAGGUUUUUCUAGUAAGCACGACGCCACCUCCUGUUUUGCUACCAAUUAAUGGAGAGCUGAAACUAGAUCCAAAUCUUGAAACUUCCUUGCCAAAAGAUAGAAUGCAGACAGGAGUUGAGAACAUACCUCCGCCUCUCAAGGUUGCUGAAGAUGCCAAUGGACUUGAUACCCGCAAACACAUAGAUGAGCUUAGACCAGUUGAUUCCCCCGUACAGUUAUCUCCACCUUAUAAGGUUGCUGAGGGGGUUGAGAAACUUGAUACUUGUAAAGAUUCAGAUGACAAUAGAGAAGCUGAGGAUAUUGCAACGAGACAAAAUGAGGAUGCGGUGGCCGAACCAAUUGGCAAUGUUGAAACCACACCAGUUGAGGGAAUUGAGGAAUCAAAACCAGUGAAGGAUCUGCCAGAGUUAAACUUAACGAAAGACUUGUUAGAGCUAAAGUCAAAGCUAACUCUCAUGGAUGCAGAACUGAUAGAGGCUGAAGCUACCAUAAUGAGGCUAAAACAGGAGAGGAUGGUAACCACUCAAGAAAGGGAAAUGCUCAAGCGUGACUUGGAGACAUUGAGAAAAACUGGGCACAGAAGCAUCCAAGUAGGCUUCCCCUUAAUGUAUGUUUUGAUGGUUGCUUUGAUCAGUGUUCUUGUUGGAUACUUCAUCCAUCCCUAGCAGAAGCAGAACAAAGCAAUGGGGGAUCCAUCAGGUACUGUUGGAUAUAUUUUUCUUUUAGAUUCUGGACUUGGCUGCUGUCUUUGAUCCUAUUCUUGUGUAGUCCAAUUGUCUUUGUUGUAUAUGACUUCAUGAGUACCUUUUUAUGAUUCUAUGUAAAGCCUUCUGCUUUCCUUGUUAUUUUUUAGAACAUCACCUCAUAAGUAAGGGGAUUUUAACCUAAA